CACGGAGGCGAAGGUGCAGCCAAUGCAUGCAGUAUCUCAGCCGCAGCUCAAGGGCCUCAUCACAACGGUGAAUGCUACGAGCUACGGCGGCAUCAUAGUCGCCAGUGUGUAUCUUGUCACGUCCAUUGGCAUAUCGGGCGAGAACAUUGAGGUGCUGUGGGCCCUGGCACAGAGAGUGGCAGCAUGGAACUCACGGGGCCUCGACUGGAUCCUAGGUGGCGACUGGAACUCCGACAUCGAUGCGCUCAAUGUUCGCAACUGGGUCGAGACCAUGGCAGCCGUCCACUACGUGCCCGACCAGCACACCUGCAUCACCGACGAGGGCAAGAGCACCAUAGACUAUUUCGUCGUCUGUGCCAAUCUAGCGUCUCGCAUCAAGGGCAAGCCAGAGGUCCAGUAUGACUCCACGGUCGUGCCGCCGCCGCAUUUCCCUGUAGAGCUGCAGCUCAUGGGAGAGGAUCGCCCCACGUGGUGCCGUGUCCCUGUGGAGCCGCGCCCCUUCGCGGUGGUGCCGCCAGUUGGCUGUGCUAGAUAUCCCUACCCGUGGCACAGGCUCCAGACAGAGUUCCAACGGGUCAGUUGUGCCGACGAUCUGAGCCUGCUCUGGGACUCCGUGCUGCGAGGGGUGGACUACGAGCUGGCGGGGCGUUACGACUGUGUGGGUGCUAAGGCCAUGCAGUACAUUGGAGCCGACCGUGCUGGCCUGAAGCGAUGGGCCCAGCACCUUGUGGCGGAGAAGAAGCGGCUGGCGAGGUACAUCGAGCGCCUCAAGCUCUGCGCUGCCGUGUGUGACAUCACGCCGCUGCAGUACACUAAGGUCGCAGUGGCUUUCAACGAG